AUGGCGAUGUCUAUUCUGAAGCUAAGGAAUUCACCGGCUUUGAGAUCGGUCUCUAAUAGUGCCCGGAUCGGAGUUUCAUCGAGAGGUUUCUCAAAGCUCUCGGAGGGCACCGACAUAACUUCGGCGGCGACCGGCGUUUCUCUCCAGAAAGCUCGGAGCUGGGACGAAGGCGUUUCCUCCAAUUUCUCAACCACACCAUUGAAAGAUAUCUUCAAGGGGAAGAAAGUUGUCAUCUUUGGUCUCCCUGGGGCUUACACUGGAGUUUGUUCACAGCAACAUGUGCCUAGCUACAAGAGUCACAUUGAUAAGUUUAAAUCCAAAGGCAUUGAUUCUGUGGUCUGUGUCUCUGUUAAUGAUCCGUAUGUUAUCAAUGGUUGGGCUGAGAAAAUUGGUGCCAAAGAUGCAAUUGAGUUUUAUGGAGAUUUUGAUGGGAAAUUCCAUAAAAGUUUGGGGCUAGACAAGGAUCUUUCUGCUGCAUUGCUCGGACCUCGAUCUGAGAGAUGGUCAGCUUAUGUAGAAGACGGUAAGGUUAAGGCGGUGAACGUGGAAGAAGCACCGUCUGACUUCAAGGUGUCAGGGGCAGAAGUCAUCUUAGGACAAAUCUAA